GAGACAAACAAAAUUGAUAAAUUGGAAUUUGAAUCAAAAAAGUUAUUAGAAAACUUAAAUACCUUGCAGAAAGAGAAAGAUAGAUUAGUUAUUGAGAGGGAUUCAUUAAAAGAAGCAAAUGAAGAAUUAAAAUGUUGUCAAACUCAAAUGAAAAAGACCAGUACACUUGAACACUCUCAAACAACCACUAGCGAUGACAUGGAAUCAGCAAUGGACCUCAAACAGAAAUUAGUGAGGCUUCAGCAUGAGAACACAAUGCUUAAAAUGAAUCAAAAAGAACCAGAAGAAGAUAAAAUUUCGGUACUUCAAAGUAUUUUGGAUAAUACGAGACAACAGUAUAAUGAACUGCGUUUAGACAAUAGGUAUAUUCUUAUUUCUUAUAUAUUUCUUUAAAAAAAUAGUUUUUUU